AGUCAGAAAACUUUCUAACUAAACACCGAUAAGACUUCAUACAACUCACAAUACUUUAUAUUGUAAUCAUCACAAGAGCCAAGGCUACCUAAAAGAAGAGAGUGGUUGAGCUCACAUUUGGCCGCCAGCUUUUUACCUUUCUCUUCACCAUUUAAAACUUGAGACUUCCUGCUUUCCUGGGGUCAUGGAUAAAGUCCAAUACCUCACUCGCUCUGCUAUUAGAAGAGCUUCAACCAUUGAAAUGCCUCAACAAGCACGUCAAAAUCUUCAGAACCUAUUUAUAAAUUUCUGUCUCAUUUUAAUAUGUCUCUUGUUGAUCUGCAUCAUUGUGAUGCUUCUCUGAAGUUCUGCUGCAAUCUCCAGUGAUGCAACUUGUCACCAUCAACUUAAUAUCUGCCAUCCCAUGAAGAGGGGAAAAUAAUACUAUAUAACAGACCACUUCUAAGUAGAAGAUUUUACUUGUGAAAAGGUCAAGAUUCAGAACAAAAGAAAUUAUUAACAAAUGUCUUCAUCUGUGGGAUUUUGUAAACAUGAAAAGAGCUUUAUUUUCAAAAAUUAACUUCAAAAUGACUAUAGGUGCGCAUAAUGUAAUUGCUGAAUUCCUCAACAAAGCUUGUAAAAGUUUCUAUGCCAAAUUUUUUCUGAGGGUAAAGUAGGAGUUUAGUUUUAAAACUGCUCUGCUAACCAGUUCACUUCACAUAUAAAGCAUUAGCUUCACUAUUUGAGCUAAAUAUUUAUAUUGUACUGUAAAUGCCUAUGUAAUGUUUAUUAAGAUUUUUCAAGUCUCCGCUAAGUACGAAAAUAAUCAUCCAAAUGAAGUCAUCAUUUGAAAUAGCCUACUGAUUCCUUACAUCUGUUAUCUUUAUAAUUAUCAUUCAGAAGUCUUUCUAGUAAUAGUAACUCUCAUAACCUACAUUUUGAAAUAUAAAUUGUAUUCUUUCUCUGUACAACACUAACAUCUUUUUUUAAGUUUAUGAGAAUCAAGUAGGAAAAAAUAAGACCAUACUCUUACAUAAAUAAAAUUUCUCUUAACUUUUUCAAAGAAUUACAGAGUUGUAGUGUAUGAAGGCAAACCAUAAAUCUGCUCUCUGUAGUACAUUAUGAUCAAGAGACAAAAACAAUUGGUUAAUUUAACAGCUGAGAGUAUGAUUAGCCAAUUACUAAUACACUAACAGAACAGAGUCUAACAUAAGGCACUGUAGUUGAUCACCUAAGUACAUAACUUACCACAUUAUGUCUUUGAAAUCAUGAAAUCUUAAGACUUUAGAAUGAUUUUAUAGAUUGUCUUCUAUUCUUAACCUCAUACUUAAUAUAGGCAAGGAAAAGAAUUUUAAAAAUAAAAGGAGAAAUACUCUUUCAAGCAUUAAAAAAAUAAAAUUUGGGGUUCCCCAAUAUUAAUUCCUUGAUCAUAUUUUGACAUGAACUCUUUGUCCUACUGUUUAUAACAAGAUAUAGCUAUUUUCCUUAAUCUAUCAACCAAAUGUUCAAUACCUAUUUGGUAGGCAAUCCUACCAUGCUAAAUUAUAAACCCAGUAAUGUCAAUCUACAAUUUUUUCCUUAAAUACAUUUUCAAUUUCCCCUCUGAUCAUUUAAAAAUAUCUUCUAACUCAUAAUAGAAGUAAAAAUUGGUAUUGGAAAAUAUAUUCACCAAAAUUUGGUAAUUUAACUUGAUUCUGUUUAAAAUUAGGUUUAAAGUGGUUUAUACCUAUACUGCAUAAUCCAGUAAUUUUAACUUCAAGACAUAUUACUAAUAUAGCAACUACUAAGAGAAUAAAGAACAUAUUAUUUACUGUAUUAUUUGUGGAAAUGUGGCUACUAAAAGAAUUUGAAAAGUCAGUACUGAUCUUGGUUUAUAUAUAUAUAGUACAAGUGCUGCUAACAGAUUAGUAAAGGAGACACUGCUUUUGGAUUUUUUCUGGGUACCUGACAGGUAAUGGGGAUGGGCAGGGGAAUAAUUUUGGUUCACAGAUACCUGAGGAACAGAGGGAAAAGAAUCUCAUACCAACAGGGAGAUUUCUUCAGCAAAGCCUCAUCUAAUACCAAAUAGAACACUUAUAGAUAGUAAGCAAUAUAUUCAACAUUACCAGUUAUUAGUAAUUAUUUGUGAAAGAAGUAACCAAGUUCUAUAGCUGCACUGAUGUUAAUAAGUGGGAAAUCUGAAAUGCUAAAAUUCUAUUCCUUUCAUUUUAAUGUUCAUUAUUACUUAUAUCAACACCAAACUAUAAAAUGUGAAGCUAUGGGUUAUUUCCCUAAGUAAAAUAAAAAUAAGUUUUUGUUUUUCAUUCUGCCUUCAAUAGAAAUUAAAACCUUUUUCUUGAAGAUUACGGAAUACUAGAACUCAGAUUAUAAUGUAGAACAAAAACCUAACCUUUAAACGGAACUUAUUUAUUCUGUUUAUCAUGAUAUGUAAAGAAUAAGAUAUAAUAAGACAAUGUAUUUAAAAUUUUUAAAUACCAAAUAUUCUUUCUACUGUAGAAUAAAUUCUACUAAUCUUAAUUUACAGGGUACUAAAAAUGAACUCAUUUUUAAAUGUUUAAUGUUGCCUUUUAUAUACUUUAGUUGGUUCAAAAUGUUUAUUUAAUGCAAAUCACCUAUAUUAAAAAAAGAACCUUCUUG